UUGGUAAGCCUCGUAUGAUCAUUUUUCUGUUUCCCCCUAACAAAGAUGGAUGCCUGGAAAGUUCCAGAACGUUUUAAACGUUCUGCGCUGUACGGAGGGCUGUCCUCGACUGCCAGUUUCCAAGAUGGCGGCCGCAGCGCCGGCUUGGUGUCAGUGCGCACGCGCAGUGUGCAGGGAGGGCGGCCGCGCGCUGUGCACUGCCCGGACAGCUGAGCGUCAAUCAACGUCAGUUAGUGACGUCACGGCAGCGCGGGCACCAGGACAGGUCCGGACUGAGGGCGAAAUAAACAAUAAGAGGCGCGGGCGGCGGGCACCGGACAGACUCACUGUGACCGCGCACCCGCUGCCUGACACACGGCUCCGGCUCGGACCGGCGGGACCGCGCUGACAUUUAUUGCUCUCACCGGCGGUAACAAAGGAGCGCUAACCAGGAUGAGUGCUUUCACCCUGCGGGUCAGCGUCUCCUCCGACCAGGGCGGCAGGAAGUACAUGGAGGAUGUCACCCAGGUGCUGGUGGAGCCGGAGCCCGGGGAGGACGAGCUGUCCUGGAUGGAGGAGGAGGAGGAGGGGGGCCCCCGGGAGCCGGAGCAGGGGCCCGAGAGCCGGGCUGUGUCCCCGGGCGGUGAGGAGGGCUCCGGCAGGCAGUCCGUGGCUUUCUUCGCGGUCUGUGACGGACACGGCGGCCGGGAAGCCGCGCAUUUCGCUCGGGAUCACCUGUGGGGCUUCAUCCGCAAACAGAAAGGAUUCAUGUCCCAGGAGUCGGAGGAGGUGUGCGCCGCCAUCCGCAAGGGCUUCGUGGCUUGUCACCAUGCUAUGUGGAAGAAACUGCGUGAGUACCAGGGGGGGGCACAUUGGGCAUGGCUGGCAGGGGGAGGGCACACUGGGCAUGGCUGGCAGGGGGAGGGCACACUGGGCAUGGCUGGCAGGGGAGGGCACACUGGGCAUGGCUGGCAGGGGGCACACUGGGCAUGGCUGGCAGGAGGGCACACUGGGCAUGGCUGGCGGGGGGCACACUGGGCAUGGCUGGGGGGGCACACUGGGCAUGGCUGGCAGGGGGAGGGCACACUGGGCAUGGCUGGCAGGGGGAGGGCACACUGGGCAUGGCUGGCGGGGGGCACACUGGGCAGGGGGGGCACGGCUGGCGGGAGGGGCACACUGGGCAUGGUUUAGCCUAAUUAGAUAUAUUGUGACACAAUGACGAGGUUUGGUAAAUAUGUUGGCACUUUAUAAAGAUUAGUUGCUAGUGUUAUUUAAUUCAGUAUGUUACACACAAGCAUAGUCUGAUGUGCUUUGUUUCCUUGCAAUGUAAUGGUGUGUGUGUGUGACAAACCAUGCCUGGUUUCUUUGAAAUGUAUUGGUAUUGUGUGUGUCAGACUCUGUUACAUGUACCACCAGGUUAUGGGAAGUGUAAUUCUAUAACACAAUCUGACAGUACCAAAAUACAAUGUAUAGCAAGAGUGGCCAAUAGGUAGACAAACCCAAGCUGUUGAACUAGUUGAGCCAUAGCUGGGGAUCCACCUUUGACCACUCCCAGUCUGUAACGUUACAUCUGAGUAAAAUAUGUCACAACAGUAUUGUCACUUGUCAUGAUUUUUUUUUAUGUCACCGUUGCUGUGUUUUGACAGGAUGGGAGUAAUACUUAACACAUGCUAAAAUGAGCUGUGCCGAAGGCAUGUACCAAUGUAAAGCAUUGGGAGCUAUUUUUCUGCAUGCUCAAUAAGAUACCUAUUCUUUUCUUUUAAUCAAUUUUCAUUUGUAAUGGUAAAUGUCAAGAUGGGAGGCUUCAAAUCUUGCAGUGUUUACAAAAGUUGACUUGUAUAGAAAAGUCUAGUGGUUCCUAAAUUUGUCAGUUUUUUUGAGUUGUAAUUUUAUUUUUUAUUCCAACGUAGUGCACAAGUUUACUUUUAAGAUUUGUCAUGUGACAAUAUAGUGACAGCGCCUGUACUCCGACUGAGCAUCUUCGCUAGUGCACGUAUCAGGGACCCAGUCGCUGAAGCUUGACUGGGGUCUCUGAGUACAUUUUCCACUCUUCCAGGCAGGUAUCAUCCCCUCUGCUUUUCAUUCUUCUGUUAAUGACAGGCUGGUUAUUGACACAUCUGCCUACGCUGAUUUCACACUUUACAAAGGCGCCGGUGGCUUUCUUAAUUAUUCCCAGGAAUCUGUGUCGAGUGCAGCCAGCCUGUUAGAAUACUUACUGGGAUCCCCCUACAAAGUAAACUUGACUAGUCCAUAUCCACAUUACAUUAAACUUAUGGCAACACACUAUCCAAUACAUAUAACCAAAUCAUACAGGCACUCAUGAUAACACAAUAACAUUUAUAAAGUGGUAGGGAACAUGACUAAUAGUAAGUAUGUACUCUGCUUGCAGAAACCAUUGUAUGCAAAUCUAUUUAAAUAUGCAAAUUACAGAGUCUUGUCUUGCUAUUCAUGUAGUGCACAAAAUGGUUGCAACCAACAUGUGAUACUGCACAUAACGAUUGCAAGAUCUUCACAUCCAGCAGAUAGUGCUGCAACAGACUCCAUAGCCAGAUCAACUUAGUUGGUACAGAGCAUCAGCUGGGCAGGAGGGCAUACAAAACACUUAACAAAUAAGAAUAUGCACCCUGCACCUAUAAUGGGCAUAGGGGGCUUAACCAUAUGUAAUCAAGGGUCCUAUAUGAAUUGCAUCUUAUGCUCUUCAGUGAUGGUGAAUACAGGUGUGUGUGUGUCUCAAAUAUAUAUAUAUAUAUAUAUAUAUAUAUAUAUAUAUAUAUAUAUAUAUAUAUAUAUAUAUAUAUAUAUAUAUAUAUAUAUAUAUAUAUAUAUACACACACACUUUAGUACUCUUUAAGUGCAUUUUCUAUUGACUAGGCUGGUGCUUUUUCAUGGCAAGAAUUCCUUGUUAACAUUUACAUUAUCGUUCACAAUACCACUCUAUAUGAAUUCUAAAUAUGUGGAAUUCUAUUAAAAAUGAUGGCCAUCGCCAUCAACAUCGGAUUUCUUAGACUUUCCUCUUGAUAAAGGACACCCACCUAGUGAGUUUUACUGUGAAUUCUAAAAACAUUAUUGUAGCGAAGAGCUGCUAUCACACAGGCUAAAUCCGCUGUAGAUCCCAGUAUGGCUCAGGAACAAGCAAUAGUCCCAGGCACAGUACCCACUGUGAGAGAAUAAUCCAGCAGCAUAACAAGCACAAUCAGCAGUACAAUCCAAUAGUAUCCCAUCACCUUUCCCAAUAACUGGACGACACACAGUAUCAGGAGCAGAACUGGACUUUAAUCCCACAACCCCUGCUUUUAUGCAAUGCUCCCGUGCAAUGGAGACACCCACAAUAAUUAGUACAGUAACCACCCACAAUUCUCCACCCCUCAGAUAAGCAUUUAACAUAAUUAAUAAAGUACACACUUUUCCCCGAGUUUUAGAAGUACACCCUUAAAUCUGGUAUCCCCUGAUCUGGGUGAGCAACAUAUUCAAAAAUCACACAGAUCGGACCAGGGGUUUGGGAGUUAUGGAGGUUUAAAGUUUUUGACCGACGGCACAGGCAACAGUAGCCGAAAAUAGUUCCAUAAGUUUUGGCUUUGCAGUCGGUCUCUCUUCAUGUUUUUAAAAAAUCCCGAAAUACAUGCCAUCCAGGGUUGAUCUUGUAUUCGCAUAAAUCCCUUAGUGUGAGAGAGUCUUUCUACCGAACGGUGCGCCGUUCGGUUGUUUUAGCACAAAUCUCUGGGAGUCUGGAGGUCUCAGUGGUGUUUGCCUAGUCGAGUGUCCGAUCUUAGUUCCAGACACUCGACUGCAAAACACAGCCGUUCGGGAGUUUAAGAUGGCCGCCGCCACGUGUCAAACUCUCAAAAUAUCGGCCACCCAGGGACUUAACAAAGUGUUCGUGAGUUUCCCACAACAGGCAAUAAAAACGAAUUGGGAGGUUAAUUGAAGUCACAUUUAUGCAUCAAGGUGGUCCGGUGUGCAGUAGUUUGUUCGUAUGGUGAAUGAAGUAUUUCAGUACAGUUUAUGGGAACAAUUAGACGAACAUUUUAAUUCACACUAAAGUCUAUGGGGAAAGCAAUGAGCGGGGAAUAUGCUGGACAGCCAGGUGGAUUUUGCUACAAUUAUACACGUGCAAACUAAAUUUGAUGUUUUUUAUUUAUUAAUGUAGAAUACCUGCCAGCAAUUGCUGUGUGAGGAGCUUGUAGUUAAAGUUUCUGUGUGAAGAUAGUUGCUACUCAAUGUUGAUCUUUUAAUCAUCUAGUUCAGGGGUCAGCAACCUUUUAGCACGUAAAGUGUGUUUGCAUGGCAGGGCACCCAAGGCUGCUAGAGCCAAACAGGUUCUGGCCUAUGAGGAGUCCCAGUGCCGCUUCAGAUAUCUGCAAAUGCAAACAAAGCGGUGAUUGCAGGUGGUGAGGGACAAUCCUCAAUUUAUGCAUUGCAGCAUUUAGAGGAAGUGAUCUAAAAAAUACAAAAACUUUAUCCCAGCACUUGUGAACAAGAAUCCACCCUGGAGUAGAGCAGCUUGCGGAAGCUAUUGUAGCUACUUCCCUUGACCUGUUAUCUGGCUUGCUGUACCUGGCUUAACCUCCUAGAUAUACCAGAGCUGCAGAAGAGGCCUCCUCCUCAUACGAAUGGUACACACACACUCCUCGACAAUCCACAUACAUGCAACCCCACACAUAUACACCAAACUCACAAUGUGACAUAACAUCUACACAUACAAUUCUACAAGCCACUCCAUACACUGCCCACAUGCAUAGGUAUCACACACAAUACCACAAACUACACAUGAAGAUAUACAAUACUGCUAAGCAACUGCAACACCCAUAAAUAACACCAGCAUAACAAAACAUACACACCUCAAUUUAAACAAUUAAGUAGGACCGGCACACCAAGAGACUUCAAGAUUUUGUUUUGGCACAGUACUAUUAAAAGGUUGCCUACCCCUGAUCUAGUUUUAUGUUAGCACACAAGUGAAGGCCAAUGAUGUAAGUGAAAGUAUUGUGUUCAAUGGCUUGACUGGUGUGCAGAUUUUUGUUUAACAUUGUAUUAACUAUCCACAGACUUCAGGUGGAAGUGGUUUUCAAUCACAAUUAUUAUUUUUUUUUACCCCACCAUAACCUUUUUGGUUUUUAAUAUAUUAAGAUAUAUAUCUCCUUUCUAUUGUGCGAACAGUAUUUUGGAACACUAGCGUUAAGGAUAAUUUAUUUCUAACUAACCUGUAAUAUAAGAUAAAUAUUCUGCAUGUAAGCAGAUUACACAUGUGAAAUUGGCUGCAUCGAUCAUCUUAUAAAGGCAAGGUCACAAGAAAACCAUUAAAAAGACUUUCUUGGAACAACUGGUUAAUGUGAUUCUAUGAAUCAUAUGUACGCAGGAUCAUCUUGAAAAGGACCUUUAUUCAAAUUAAAGGCAGGUGUUUUUUUUGUUUUGUUUUUUUUUGCAUGGCUGCAGCUGCUAUUCGUAGCCAUUUGCCAUUGUGACUGCAUCUUAAACAGACUUCCUAAUCCCCCACGGAUAGUAAAGAAUUCAUGUUUUCCCAGUUUGUAGGUAAUGCAUCUAUAAUACACUGUGUAAUGAUUAUAUUGGCAUCUGUCUGAAUUACCAUAUAAGUACCCUUGUGCUUAACCAUAUAUUUAUAUCCGACUUAUUAUUUUAUGUUAUCAACUGUUUAGGAAUUGGGCAUCUCAGUCCUGAGAUCUCACAUGAGUAUCGACUGGAAUAAUGAAUCAUGAAGACAGGGACUGGUUGAUCUACCUGUGCCAACGUUUUUAAAGGAGUACUAUCCCUUUUCUUGAAUUCUAACUAUGAUAAAUUAACUAUAUUUAAGAAAUAUGUAUGAAAGAUAAACAUUUAAUUUGAUACUAACUCGAAAAAUUGCUGCUCUGGAAAAUGUUUCCACUUCACCUGUAGCCUUAUUUUCGGCUAUUUCUUAAUGUAUAAUCCCAACUGUUUCUAUUUAAAUUAAUUUGCAGUGCCUCUUAUGGCUAUACCAGGACUAGAAUUAAUUGUGCUUUCAUUUGCUAAAUCUUAAAUAUAAUUUUGAAAGAAACCAGUUACUUUCUGAUGUAAUUUCUACAGAAAUUACAGCUUCCAGUUUUGAAACAAUCAGUUCUGUCUUCGUGCAUGUUAUCAUGAAUCCUUUCGGUAGAAAAGUGAGGUACUGUUGAGGAUCGCUGUGUGUGUGAAAGCUCUACAUUCUACAUACAUCUAAAACACUUGUACUGCUGUACUUAAAAAUCUGAAUAUUGGUGUUGCUGAUUUCUGAAAUGAAAAAACAAACCUGUAAUUAUUUCUGUUUGCUCAAACACUGGACUUGCUUUGAUACUGUAGUUCUAUUUUAACAGAAUUCUGUGAGUGGAGACAAAAGAACUGUUUAGUAACUGAUCAGCUGGAGAACUGGCAAGCAAGGCUUUUUUAUUUUUGUUUUUUUAACUAAUCUAUUUUUGCUUAAAAUCCCUCACCCUUCAUAUUCUUUGGUGUAGGCAACUCACUCUAGAUAUUUAAUAUUACUUGGUAUAGCCUGUCCUUGGUUAGUUUGCGCAUUGUCUCCACUGUGUCAAGACUGAUUGAAAGGGAUGCUACAUCAAGACAAAUGGGAUGUUUGAUAAAUUAACAUAUGUUUAUCAUUGGCCCAUUUUCUCAUAUUUUGAGUAAACUGGAAGAGAACUUUUUAGUACCAAAAUAUUGCAUAUUUUAGUGGUAGCCAACAGGAAACUGUGCCACAUAUUGAGAAACCGCAAUUAUUUAUGUUCAGCAGAUACUUUCUUUGAGGAUGAUUUAAUGAUCAUAAAGUUGUUACACUGCAGCUGAAAAGCAUUUUAGUUUUAUGCCACAUCUAAAGGCUAUUUUAUGAAUCUAGACCUGCAGCUCUAAAUGGUUCUCUGUUGUAUUAUGUAUAACAGUCCUUUCACUUGUGUGCAAUGCUCAACUGUGUAUGACAAUAUUAAUUGGCUGUAAAACAGAAGUGGGAUGACCGCUAGCCUGGGUUGCCAAGCUGCUCUAAUUUGCAUGUGUUACACGCAGUCUAGUUUUGACAACAGCGAGUAUUUUCUUUAGGUCCCCCUCUUUAGGGUAGAAUAUCUUGUCUUUCGAUUAUUGGAAUAUGUUUGAAAACUGUGUCCCAUUUUCUAUAGAUAUAUUUUGUUGCCUUAUAGCAGUGGUUUCCAAAUCAGUUCUCAAGGUGGUACGCCUACCGAUCUGCAUUUAGGGAUUACCCAGUUCUGUUGAAGGUGUGUGGUUUUUUUUUUUUUUUUUUUAGAAAGGAAAGAAGAAAAAAUGCAUUGACACAACUGGGUAAUCCAGGGCUUGCCAAUCUUGUUUGGAAUAUAGGAGCCAGUUAAAAUGGUUGUGAGCCUUUUUUUUUUUUUAUGGGAUACUAGUCACCAGAACCACUACAGAUUAAUGUAGUUGUUCUGGUGCCUAUAGCCUGUCUCUGUAGCCUUUUCAAUGUACACACUGCAUUUUCAGAGAAAAGGCAGUGUUUUACAUUGCUGCCUACGAAGACCUCUAGUGACAGUCACUCAGACGACCACUAGAGUUCUGUGUCAGUGCUCUGCAUGGAGGCGCUGAAUGUUACCCAUAGAGAACAUGCGUAAUAAAAGCGAAACUAGUGUUAUGGGCAAAUGCAAAUAUUACAAGUUUUAAAAUGCAAAUAUUGUAUUCCUCAAACUGUGUACUUUGUCCAUCCAGGGUACAGGGAGCUCUGCUACACACAGUACCAUAAAAAUGCAUGAAUAGUUAUGGCAGUUUUCCACCAAUUAAGGUUCCCUGAUCAAACACAGUCCGGCCCCUUUUAGAAGUGUGGCCAGAACAGAGACUACACAAUUCCUUUUCAUACCCCUCAUAUCGUCAGUUGGGGUUUCGAUAAUCUAGAAGCUGGGGACUCAUUUUGCAUUAAAACAUAAAACAGUUGGAUGAAUGAAAUUAUGGCACCACACCCUAUAACCAGUUUAAUGAUGAGGCAGAUACAGUGCUAAAUUUGCCAUUCAGCUAUACAGCCAUUGCAUGACCACCACCUAAAAAUUUAUUACAGUGAAUCCAUAAACUACAAAACCUGUGGAUGACAAGUUCCCCAUCAAGCUAGUAUACAAUUAAAUACAAUGUGAUGGUGAAAAAAAACCAAAAACAAAUAUAUAGCAUAGAAUAUGUACUUAAAUGAAAAUUGCUUCCUCUGCCUUCAAUAAGAAUUCUAGAAAUGGACCAAGUACCACAACUAUCCUACUCCAAAUUACAUAAAUGUCAUUCCAAAACUCCUAGUGUUAUAGCCAACACAGUAGCCCAAUUGGACAGUUGUUGUCCGUUUUUGUUUUUUGUUUUUCCUCUUGACUUUUGUUUAUUUAAAAAAAGCACUGUUUGAAGAGUGACAUAUUUUCUCAAGCAGAAUAAACGAUGUGUCGGUCAGUGCUCUAGGCUGGUUUACCAAAUACUUGUCAGGACAUGUCUGAGUAGGAUGUCAUAAUCACUGUUUGUAAUCACAUUGUAACAAAGCUGUCAUUGCCAUUACCUAGCUGUUCUAGAAAAGCAAUCUUAUUUAUGCUAUGUGUACGUACAAACUGAGGGUGGAGAUUUUUAGCCACAUAAAUUACUAUGUCAGCCGCAUCUUGCAAAUGGGCAAGAAAUUGGUAUAUUGGUUAAUGACUCAGACUCUUGGUGAAAUUAACCCAUUCACUGCUGGCUGCAAAACCGAAGAACUGUACAAAGAUUUUAAUAGAAUUACAGAGAAAGGAAAACUUAAAAUUUCUCAUUAAGAAACUCUUUAGUUUACUUGAUAAAUAGAAAUAUCAUUAGUCUCUGUGUAAUGCCAGCCAUUCCUCUGAACUGUUGGUGUGGGCAUAUGUCAGUCAAGCUCUCUUGUUCUUCAUUGGCUGGUUUUAUACAGAGCUACGUAAUGUGACUUAGGAUGCAGAGAAGAGUGCAUGGAGUAAGUUCACUUGAGUAGUAUGGCAGCUUUCUAGAUAAUUGGUUUAAAGUUCACGCAAGGAGAGUGACUGCAAAGCCGGGAUUAAAGUGUACCUGUCAUUGUACACAAAAUUUACUUAUAUAAAGAACAUAAACUUUAAUCUAUGCAUUGUGUUAUCAGAAUUGAUGGAAACGCUAUACCUCUUUUGAUAUUUCUAAUUAACUGGUUUCUUUAACCAAAAACAGUGUUUUUAUUAAGACUCUUUUUGGUUGUGGGAACCCUUGCUUGCAUGGUCCUACAAUGAGAUAAAAUAAUUAGGGCAAAAUUUAAUAUUGAUCCUGUGCCAAGGGCAAGCAUAUAUCCCAGUGCUGGGUAGAGGGAGGACAAAACAGGUGAUAAACCGUGCCAAACAGAACUGAAGAAUGGGGAAAUAUAUAUAUAUAUAUUUAUAUUUUUUAAUUUUUUUUUAUUAUUAUUUAUUUAUUUUCUUUGCAUUCUUUAUUUAUACACAAUUCAUACACUUAAAGAAAGAUAACCAAAAUAGAUUAGCUCAUGUCCAGGAUUUCAAUAAAUUUUUCGGAGUUAAGACAAAUAUUGCAAUGUGUGAAUUGUUUUUAAAAUGUAAACAUUUAUUAAAUCUGAAAAGAGGUGGGGGAAAAAAAGAUCCUUUACAUACAUGCGCAUGCAUUUAUAACAUCGUUAUAAUAUUACAGUAUUAUUUUUGAAGCAUGUUGGGUCUAAAAUAAAACUGUUUUAAAUAUAGAUUCUGAAGACCAAUCUGCAGUUUAUAACAGGUCUGAUAAAGAGCCUCCUUGAAACACUUUAGUUGUCAUAGCUCCUCUUGAAGAGUGAGCUCCAAACAUUGAAAUAUCAAUACCUGCCAUAGACAUAGUUUGUCUUGCCCAUCUGGUUAAAGGUGUAGAGGAGACAGGUUUUACGAAAAGAAAUUAGCAAUUGAGAGAAAUUAGAAUUUCUUGUAGAUGAGGUUUGAAGACAAUUGACAACACAGAGAAUGGUAAGAAAAAGGCUAGAACACAGAGCGGAGAUUAGUUUUGGUACGUCUAACAAUAGAAAAAUUAACACCAUCAGGAGUAUAUUGUCUAUUAAAGUGUAAAGCCUUAACGUCAAACUUUUUUUUUUUUUUUUUAAUAAAUGAAAUGAGGCAUAGUAAUGUGGUAAGGUUAAACAAAAGCAAUUUUAAGGAUGUCAUUGUCAGCCCACGAUUCUAUUAACUGGAGUACCAGAGUAACAUCCCAAGUAGAAUGAUAUUUAGGGCAUGGAGGAUGCUUAAAUUUGAUACCCUUCAUAAGUCUGCAGACAAAGGGAUGUUUGCCCACAGGGAAUCCUUUAAUAGGGUCGUGACUUGCUGAGAUAGUUGAUCGAUAAACAUUAAUGGUGCUAUAAGCCUUGCCUGAGUCAAACGAGGCUGACUAAAAAUUUAGAAAGUUUGCUAAAUCUGGUUGUACAGGAUCCACAGCCCUUUCCUUGCACCAAAUAUUUCAGGCUGAUCUGUAAUGUGCAUAUGGGUACCUGGUGCCCAUGCUUCGGAUAGAAUGUCUGUAGUUGAGUUUGAAAAUUUACUAUGAGAUUCGUAUCACCCGAGAUGAGAGCUCCUAUUAAAGGUAGUUGGCCUGAUAGUACUAGAGGAUGAAGAUUUCCCUCCGGAUCGUGAAGAGCAUCCCAUCGCAUCUGUAGGAGUCGUGGGAAGUGUAUCAGCAUGCUGAGAAGCUGAGGGAACCAUGGUUGUGAUGGCCAGAGAAGGGUUAUUACCACCAGGGUUGAUUUCUGAGACCAUGGUUCCAGAAGUACCCAGGAUAUAAUCGCAAAUGAGGGAAAUGCAUAAUUGAUUGUCUUUCCAGCAUUGGAGGAAUGCUGAUCUGCUGCCUCUGGAUCCAGACGCCAACUGAAAAAUGUUUCUAAUUGGCAAUUGCGUCAGAUGCAAAGAGGUCGUAUUGAAACGGACCCCACAGGGAAAGUAGUCGUUGAAAGAUGUUGGGAUCCAACAUCUAGUCUCUGUAAUCCACUAGGAAAUAGGAAUUCCAAUCUGCUAAAAGUGCCAAAAAUCUUUGGCAAUGUCUGCCAGUUGCUUGGAUUUUUUUUACCUCCUAAGCGAUUUAUGUAUUGGACUGCUGAUAUGUCCAUUAAUUUAUCCUGACAAGAUUUUUAGUGAUCUGUCAAGUCCUUUUUCUUGGGUUCUUCCCUGAUUUUGUUAAAAAUGGCAGAAUAGUGGGAUCUAAUCUGUGCGACUUUCUUAGACAAAGUUGGUCUAGGGCAUUCAGCUCUUGGCUUAUUUCUAGCCAAUUGAUCAAGGGGUUUCCUCAACCAACAUUCAAGAUAUUUGGCUACAUGAGCCAUAGGGACCCAUUCGGCUGACCUAGGGUGCUUAAUAUGGUCUUUGUCAAAUAAUGGUUUCCCAUUAUUUCCCAACAUCCAUUAUUUCCCAACAUCCAUUAUUUCCUCCAUCAGAUUUAGAGAGAAGCUCAGGUGCCUCUCAAACAGAUUAAUAAUUUGAGGCAGAAUCAGAUUUUUCAUCUUCUGAGUUUGAAGCUGAGUCAUCAUUGCAGGAGGAUUUAUGAGUCAGGUUUGCUCCUGUGAAUUGCCUUUGUCUGUCUUCCUCACGAGCAGAGGUUCUAUUGAGUGAUUGUACUCUUCAGUUUUGCGUGAGACACACAUUUUUGUUCUGAUCUUGGUCUUUCCCCCAUCUUGUGUGACUUAGAACAGCCAGGGGAUUCUAAAGGACCAUCAAAGCUGUGUUUGCGUUUCUGGGUGGCCUUCCAAGACCUCAUGAAUCCCUAAGUUAAAUUCCGUUCUGACUCCACAGGUGACCAGAACUGGUCUGAAGGAGCAUUGAGUCUUAUCAUUAGGUUUUGAAUUGCUUAUGGCAUGAGCCAGAGACUUUGCAAUUGUUUCUUGCAUGGAAGACAUUGCAGUAUAAAUUUCAGAUGAAAUUGAUUUGUGAACGGAUAAGCCUACAAUAUUUUGUAAAGAAUCCUCAGUGAGAAUUUCAGUCGUGAGUAGCACCAGGUUUUGGUGACUGAGGAGUUUAUCUAAUUUCUUUAGAAUUCAUUGUUCAAUAUUGCAACAAAUUGUAAUUUGUAAUUAUUUUACUAUUUACUAAUAGUAAUGUUGCAAAAGAUUAGGUAAAAUCCUGACCGGAAUGUCAAAUGUGGCGAAAGUGACCACUGGUUUUCGGAGGGGCCUGGUUGCCAGCCUCCUGCCCUCUGACUAUAACCCCUGUGGUUAACUUUGGGUUAAAGACUCUGUGCUUUUUUUUUUUGGACUAAUGAAGCAGCCCUUCGAAUUUUCGAAGCGGCACUUCAAAUUAUCGAACAACUGCAUGAACCAGAGACCACUUUGGAGCUUGUUAACACCUAUUAACAACUUGGAACAUUUCUCACCGCAGUGUUCUAAGUGUUCGUCUGGGUGGCCGCAAUUCCUGUAGACAACCACCUGGUGGCUGCCAUCUUGGAUAUCAUGUGUUUUGGGGUACUUUUGGGACUUUUAAAAAAUGUUUGGUUUUUUUUUUUGGGAGAUAAUUGAGUCCUUGGUGAGCACGAGGAGCAUCAGUUGACUGGGGCACCCGGUUGGGGUGCCAGGUGGUCCGUCACAUCAAAUAAUUUCAAACUUCUAAUUAUUACCAACAAAUUUGUGGAGAAACGCUGUGCUGAGGUAAAGUGGACGGGAAAGCUAGCUGAGAGCCAACUAACUGGAAUACCUGCCCAUAAUGUCAUCAAUCUGCGAGGGACUAACUGAAAUCGUGCAAGCAGCGAUUCGCGUGAAAAACUGUUGAAAUAAACUGAACAGUGAAAUACACGAUCGUACACAAAACCCGCGAAUGCGAGUACAAUAAACGAAUGGCUGCAAUUCGCAAGAAACCUGCCAAACUUGAGUCAUUCGAAAAAACUGAAAAGUAACAAUUCGUAUGAAAACUACCGAGCGUGGACGAACCGCGAACUCACUUGGGAUGAAAAGAUGCGAAUGCCAGUGUGUAUGAACCAAAUAUCUAUCUAUUAAAUAAAAAAUUAGAAAAAUAUAUUAAAUUAGUUCAGAAAACAUACAACAUAAAGGAAUGUAUAUGCGCACACACAGAGUUUAAUCUCUUUGCUCCUGGAGGACUAACUCCACCUCCAGCAGUGUCAAUGGCCUGUCAUUAACCAGCACAGGGCAAGUGUUAUGGGUGGGUAAUAACAAUUCUAUGUGUAUUCCAUGCAUAUUUCUAUGACCAUUUCGUUGUCAGAAAGCUGUCUGCUAUUGAAUCAGCUACAGAAGCCUGCUUGAGUAAAAUGGUUUGAAAGGAGAUCAGGCGUGUGGCAGGAAACCCAGGUGGGACACUUCUACUGCUUAAAUACAAAGUCAAGGUUUAGUAGAUAUCCACCCAAUGAACACAUGCAUGCAUUUAACUAUGCAUUUUAUUUUCAUUUUGUUACUGGCAUUUAUAAAGUGCCAACAUAUUCCGCACUGGUGUACAAUUAGGUGAGAACAUACAAUAUACACAGACCAAUACAAAGGAUAAAGAGGGCUUAGUGCUUAGCACAUGGGCUUACAAUCUAAAGGAACCUCUUGCAAAAGCUGCAGAUGACAUGUCUGGUUAAUUUAUAAAAAUGCCCAUUUCUGUUAAAAUCUGCAUUGUUUGUAAAAUGCAAAAAGACAAAACUCUAGCUUGCCCUUGUGUUUUGUUGUGAAGUGUUCCUUUUUAGAAAACAAUCUAAUUUUUUUUUUUUUUUUUUUUUUUUUUAUAGCUGAAUGGCCCAAAACAAUGACAGGCCUUCCCAGCACCUCUGGAACUACAGCAAGUGUUGUCAUUAUCCGUGGCAACAAAAUGUAUGUGGCACACGUGGGGGAUUCAGGUGUUGUCUUUGGAGUGCAGCAGAACUCCAAAGAUUCGAUGAAGGCUUUGGAGGUAACACAGGACCACAAGCCUGAGCUUCCCAGAGAAAGAGAGAGGAUUGAGGGACUUGGUGGCAGGUGAGUUUUUAUUCUUAUAUAACAAUGCACAUCAUUUGUAUCUGUUCUUAAAGUCUGUGUGUGUAAAUCAUUUUAAUUUGCAAACUUAAUCAGUCCCCUAAGGAGCAAUGGCGGAAUUCCUUCAUGUAGUAAAAUUAACCUCAUACCUCUGUAAUUGUGGAAUUAAUGCUAUUGCUGGGUUCCUCUAUGCACUAGACCACUUUUCACACCAUUACAAUUUUUAAACAUAACAUCCAAUGAUUCAUAAUGAUAACACAAUGGAGUCCUAGUAAUGAUUGCUAAUCUGCUCCACAAUAUGUGUCGGUAUUCUUGUCUUUAAACAAACUGGAAGUCUUUUUUACUUAUGGAGUUUGCUGAUAUAGGCCUCAAUCGAAUAUUGUUGGAUAUGUUUAUUUAAAUAAAUGUACUGUAUAUAUUGUGCAUGAUUUACUAGUUUCUACGUAAAGGGACACUAUGGGCUCCAAAACCAUUUUAGCUUAACCCUGCAGUGUCCUUGUUCAAUUCUUGGUCACUUAGGAGUUAAAUCAAUUUGUUUAGAUUAUAGUGUUAUAGUGUAUUUUUUGUAUGUGCUGAAGGGAUCACUUUGAAGUGUGGUAGCAGGCAAUUAAAGAGAUACUGUGUAAUACACAAUUGUUAAAUAACUCUACUUUACCCCUGUAGAACUGUGUAUAUUAAGCGCUCCAGUAUUGUAAGUUUUUUCUGUAGUUCAAUUUGUUUAUAUAGUAAUGUAGUACAUAAGUUUACACACACGUUUGUAUUCAAAUAGCUUGAUCACUUGUGGGGUGUUUUUUUUUUUUUUGUGUGUGUGUUUUUAUUUUAUUUUUAUAAAUGAAUAAUGCAACAGUAGCCAUGUAGACUACAUUGCUUUAAACCAAUCACAGGAAUACAAACUCUCUACUGAUAACUCUUUACAUUUUCUCAAUAGUGUAAUUAACAAAUCUGGUGUGAAUCGUGUAGUAUGGAAAAGGCCUCGCUUGACACACAACGGUCCUGUGAGGCGAAGCACAGUAAUUGACCAAAUUCCCUUCCUGGCAGUGGCUCGUGCACUUGGUAAGUGAUGCAUUUUGAAAGACCUAUAUAACUUCAAGUAAAUUAAACAUGCCCGAGAGAGAGGUAGAUAUGGAUAUAUACACUUUUUUUUUUUCUCCAAUUUUCCUCCUCUUCUGUACAAAAAGGUGCUUUUGCAUUAGCCUUGAUUUAAGUGUAAUUGUAGCUUUACAAUGCACAUUGUUGCUGUGCUUUUCUUAAAGUGUGUGUGUGUAUAUAUGUGUAUAUAUAUGUGUGUGUGUGUGUGUGUGUGUGUGUGUGUAUACAUACAUACAUACAAAAAAGCAGGCAUUCUGUUUUGUGAGUUCUAUUGUUCCUUAUGUGGCUUAAUAAGGAAAUAUAUUUCUGCCCUCUCCAUAAGCAUUUCUCAGAAGCACAUGUUGUAGUGCACACAAGUGCAGUCAUGAAAAACCAGUGCUUUUCCUUUCUGUAAGGAGAAAUAAUUGUAAAAAUGUUUGUGCGGUGUUCAGUCUUGUAUUAAUUGGCCCUCCAUGAUCAUCAGAGCUAAUGAUGAGAUUGAGUCUGGGAAGUAUGCAGAAAUUAGAAAAUGUAUCUAAUUUACCCCCCUCCACUUUCUAGUGAGAAGCCAUACAAAUUGCAGAGCUAUUAUCUAAAUGGGUUGAGUGUCCAGGCUUGUAAAAAGCUUGGUUUUGUUUGAAUUUAUAUUCUUUCGACAGGCUGUGGCUUGCAAGAUAGUGGGUAUAUUACAGUACAUUUGCCACAGCAAUCAUCUACUCAAUCGUGUACGUAUUUUUUAAGAUGUACAUAACAGAAAAUCAUAUAUGCGUAAUUGUACAUAUGCAGUAAUAUCCUGCAUAAAAUCAAAAUGGCUUAAUACUAUUUCCCUAGGCUUAAAUUACUACAUGAAGCAUUAAUGGUACAUCACACAAAGGACCACUAAAAUUAUGUACAGACAAAUAAACUUUUACUAUUUUUGGUUUCAAUACAAGAGAACCCAAAAUAGCAGUUUGUUUUUCUAACAGGUUUAACAAGUAUGUAACGAUAUAAUUAAUUGAAAGGAGUCUCCAAUGUAUUUUUCCUUAUUUUUGUCAGGUGAUCUCUGGAGCUAUGAUUUUUACAGUGGUGAAUUUGUGGUAUCUCCAGAGCCUGAUACAAGUGUGCAUACCAUUGAUCCCCAGAAACACAAGUUGGUCAUCAUAGGCAGUGAUGGACUCUGGAACAUGGUGUCUGCGCAGGACGCAGUCUCUAUGUGUCAGGAACAGGAAAAAGCUUGUACAACAGUGAGUAGAUGUGCAUUAAAAGAGAUAUGGUUUAUUCUAUAACAUUGACUAAGUCUAUGGGGUAAAUUAAAUGUGUAUAGUAGGUUCUUGUGCUAUAACCAUUUGUUGUAACACAUAUCAUCAAUACUGAAUCUUACUGAAGGCGAACAAGCUUCUGUGAGGAGAUUUUCUGGAAUAAAGUUGUGCCCCGCUCCCUUGCAGUCUCACUACACUAUUCGCUGCCAUUUAGGAGUUAAAUCACUUUGUUAAUACAGCCCUUGUCACACCUCUCUGCAUGUGGCUUACACAGCCCUCCUACAUACUUCCUGUAAAGUAUUAUCUAAUGUUUACACUUUCUUUAUUUUAACCCCUUAGUGACCAGACCGUUUUUCAGUUUUCUUACCGUUCAGGACCAGGGCUCUUUUUACAUUUCUGUGAUUUUUGUGUUUAGCUGUAAUUUUCCUUUUACUCAUUUACUGUACCCACACAUAUUCUAUACUGUUUUUCUCGCCAUUAAAUGGUCUUUCUAAAGAUACCAUUAUUUUCAUCAUAUCAUUAACUAUAAAAAAAUUAAAUAUGUUGUACAUUUUUUUUUUUUUUUUUAAAAACAAAAAACACAUUAAAUGUAGGGCUUUCCACUUUUCCAUAUUUGCGCAUUGAAAUUUACCAGAUUGUUUUGCUGGGCUUAUGUUGCAUUUGAGACCCUAUAGCAGCCCACGAAUGAAAAUUAACCCCAUCAUGGCAUACCAUUUUCAAAUUUAGACAACCCAGGGUGUUCAAAAUGGGGUAUGCACAGUCUUUUGUAGUAGCCACUUAGUCACAAACCCUGGUCAAAGUUAGUGUUUUUAUUAGUUUUUUGUUUUUCAAUUUAUAUUCUAUAUAAAACGUUAUCUCAUAUAUAUAUAUAUAUAUAUAUAUAUAAUUAUCUAUCUAUAUCUCUAUCACACACACUUUUUUAUUUCUUGUAUAUGUAUGAUAUAUUAUAAUUAAAGCAUUUUGUAAUAUAUAAUGCAUAUAUAUGAUUUCAUUAUAAGUGUAUUUUGAGAGGUGUGUGUGUGUGUGUGUAUAUAUAUGUGUGUGUGUGUGUGUAUAUAUAUAUAUACACACAGUAAAAUUACACAUAUAUUAUAAAAAAUAAAAAUAAUUACAAAUAAACUGUAAAAAAAGUAUAUUUUUUUUAUAUAUGUAAUUUUAUUCUAAAUGUAUUUUAAUAUGAAUAUAUAUUUAUAUUAAAAUAUCCCCUUAACGACCGUGGACGUACUAGGUACAUCUGACAAAAAACGGUUGUUAAGGACCGCAGACUUACCUAGGACGUCAGCGGCAAAUAGGAGCCCUAGACUGGCUAUCAUAGUCUUACCAACCUAUUCGUUCUGCGACCGGGUCGUAAGAACGGAACCCAGUCGGUAAGUGAUAUACAUUAUAGACACUCUUCACUUACCGACUGGGUUCCGUUCCUAUGACCCGGUCGCAGAACGAAUAGGUUGGAAAGACUGAUAGUCAGUCUAGGGCUCCUAUUUGCCGCUGACGUCCUAGGUAAGUCUGCGGUCCUUAACAACCGUUUUUUGUCAGGUGUACCUAGUACGUCCACGGUCGUUAAGGGGAUAUUUUAAUAUAAAUAUAUAUUCAUAUUAAAAUACAUUUAGAAUAAAAUUACAUAUAUAAAAAAUUUAAAUUUUUUUUUUACUGUUUAUUUGUAAUUAUUUUUAUUUUUUAUAAUAUGUGUGUGUAAUUUUACUGGUUUUUUUUACACACACACACACACACACACACGUUAUAUAUUUUUUAAUUUAUUCAUUUUAUUUUUUACUUUUUCACCAGAACUGGGACUGCCUGUCCGUUCAGGCAGUCCCUCUGCUGGCAGCACUGUGGAUAGAAGACAACCGGGGAGUAGUGGCUAUGGCUGCAUGGACAGAAACAAUAGUGAUUUAACUCCUAAAUGGCAGAAUAGAGCAGUGAAACUUCAGAGGCUUAAUCAAUGCUCAAAAACUGCUUCAAUAAGCUAAAGUUGUUUUGGUGACUAUUACUAAGGUAAUUUUCACGUAUAGCUUUACUUGUGUGUGUUUUUGUUUUUUAGGGAGAAUGUGGACAGUCCUUAGCGAAAAUGCUGGUAAAUCGAGCACUGACCCAAUGGCGACAUCGCAUGUUGCGGGCAGACAACACCAGUGCUAUAGUUAUAAGCAUCUGUUCUCAAACGGAAAAGCAGAGGUGCUGCACAAAUGAGGAGGUAUUCUUAAACUUGUCGGAGAGUCCAGUGUACAACAGUCAGGACAUGUAUUUAAUGUCUUCCUCACCGUGUUCAACACCGCCCAUCAAGGUAAAGAACAAUUAAAACCUACCAGUGCUUGGUUAUAUACAAAAAACAGUCUAAUUCAAGUGUAUACUUUUACAAAAAAAGACUCCUGAAUCUUUUUAACAGCUUAUGUACUGCAGUACCCUGAUGUAGGGGGAUAGUGGUUUUUAUGUGUUGGUACACCAUGGUAAUACCAUAAGGUUUUACAGACUUUUUUAUAUUGAUUGCUUACAUUUCUGUAUUGGAUAGAUUUAAUGACAUGAUACAGAACUGAAGAGAGAUUUAUGUGUAGUCUUCUGCAUGCAGGUAUUUUAAAAUAUACUGAGCCAUGGUACUUUUAUAAUUCUUUAUUUUUGUUCGUGCAUGAGGGUAACAAGCGAAUUUGUACUGCCACAAUAGCUGGUACAGUCGAGUUUGCAUACAUUCUUAAUCACAUGGCAUUAACGACAUUGCACUUUUUUUUUUUAAAGUAGUUAUAUAAACAAGAUAAUAUCGUAAACUUAGUAGUAAUAGCAAAUUAAAGACAUAGACAUAGAGAAACAGUUGUGUGUCAUAUUAAUUUUGCCUAGUUUCAUGGGUUAAUACAGGAAGGUAGGAGCAUGCUAAGUCUAUUGAGGCUAUGGAGUGUUAUGCAGGCUGAACGUUGUUCUUAUACAUAGCCCUAGAAAAUGUGUGUAGAGGUUGUGCUUUGUUAAAAGCUUGGCACAUGUGUAUACUAGUGUUGUUAGUCAAUAGGGGUACAUAAUAAUUGCAGUAUGUUAGCGUGUAAGUUGUAGGACAUAGCUUAUGAGCAUAUGUGUAAAACUAUAUUUCUCAGUGGAACAAGGAAAACGUCCUUAAUAACAAGUAGGGACUGUUUGAGGCAUAGAGUGAAUGACUCAUCUGUGAUUUCAAAUGUCCUGGUCAGCCAACACCUGCUAGGCGUAUGUCACAGCCAUAUGUUUUGCCGCCUCUCGGGGGGUGAGUGGACCAAGCACUCCCGUUCCUUGGGCAUCGAGUUGGCUCCGUACUGUCUCCAUGUUCCCUGAUGACUUGGAGUGGUGAGUGGUCGGGAGUCCCGUGUGUGCCUUUAGCCCGGGGGGGCUGCUGUUCUGAUAUGGAACCUGCCUGAGUGUGCUAGGCCAGUUCUUUGAGCGGACUUUUCGCGGGUGAGAGGGGUGGUGAUGGGGCAGCCCUGGAGAUCGUCUCCGUUGAGGCUUUGGGCAGCUCACCGGUAGCCUAAGAGUUGGGCGCUGGGUCUUACGACGUUUCUUCCGCCUCUCACCCCCUGCUAUCUCGAUCGUUCUCGGGUUCUGCACCGGAGCCGCAGGCUGCUGUGUAAUGCCUUUUGUGGCUGAUGCCGGUGGGACUUGUGCCCGGGUGUCUCCGCGGCUGGCGAGUUUGGCCCAGAAAUCGUUAAAUAGGCGGUCUAUCCGCUCCGACAGUGGAGGCAAGCUGGGCUUGGAUGCCGGGAUCCACGUGGUCUCCGCCAUGCCUUGUGUCAGCGGUCCGGUGGUGCAAGGUGGCUGCACUCGAUUUUUCCGUCCUGAUCCACAUGCUUUGGUUGCCGGGAUAUCCCUCACCGGCAGGGGGGGGGGAGAGAGGAGUGUUCCGGAGAGACCUCCUUUGUUACAGGCUACAGUCGGCUGAGGGAACGGUCGUCUUCCCCCAUGCUUCCUGAGUAGGCCGCAGGUAGGCCUCAGGUCCAUCCCCUGGAAUCGGUCGCAUUUUGCGGUCCCCUGCUCGGUUAUGCCUUGUCUCGAUGUUAAGCCCCAGUGUCUGGAGUGUAAAAAGCUUGAAAUUUGCAGGGUUUUGCUUGUUUUUCAGGUUAUGUGGCAGGAGCUCUGCUGAGGUGCGACCGCUCAGCUUGGCUGUCAGGCUCCGCCCCGAGCCAUGGUACUUUUAUCUUAAAGGAACACUGUGUGACUGGAAUUUAUUUGUGACCGUUUCUAUAAGUGCUGUUUCCUAUAGAAAUCAGCACUUUAACAAUUAAGGGGACGAACACUAACUGAUCUGUCAGCCAGCCAGGGAAAUUCCUUGCUCUUCCAUUUAGUGCUAGAAUGGCAGAUUGGCUAAGCUGUAUUAUAGUUUAUUGGAAAGCCCCUCUUGCAUGUGUGUGCUCACUGUUCCAGCACAAAGGCUUUUCGAUGAGUAGUAUGACUGGAGUAGUUUUGUCGAGGCUCCAGACAAGAGAUCUGCAGCUUUUGCAUUUGUUUUUAUUGUAGGUAUAUGUACUAAAGUGAUUUUUAUUUUUGCAAUGGAGGGUUCCUUUAAUGCGGCACUGCUUUUUAAAACGUGACAACAGACCGUAUAAGUACUGGGAUUACAUGAGAUCUAAUCCUGCCUGUUGUGGGAAGUGUAAAGGGUUUGACAGUCCUUGCACUCAUGUAGAAAUGUUGUUUUGUCCACCAUCACCUUUCUGUUUAUUAUAAUGACAAUUAUUUGGCAGUUAUUAUGCACCACUCUUAUUCUGGUGAUUACUAGGCAAUUCUCCUAAACAAGUUUGUUGGGUUUGUGUACAUUCUUUACUAAUCUGUCCUCUAGGUAUGUAAGCUGCCUGUUGCCAUUAGUUUAACAAAAUCUCUUGUGAAAAAAUCCCAAUAAAUGCUGUAUUAUUAACAUCCAUGAAAGAAUCUGUAACUUUGGCAAAAAUAAUACACAAUAGACUGGCGCUGCAUAUAAAUAUGUGAAAACUUUGAUAAACUUCAGUCGUUUGAAUUAAGAGAGUUGGAGAAAAGAGAGGUAAUGCAAUAUUUUGUUAGCUGUGAAAUAUUAAAGGGACACUAUAGUCACCUGAACAACUUUAGCUUAAUGAAGCAGUUUUGUUGUAUAGAACAUGCCCCUGCAGCCUUACUGCUCAAUCCUCUGCCAUUUAGGAGUUAAAUCCCUUUGUUUAUGAACCCUAGUCACACCUCCCUGCAUGUGACUUGCACAGCCUUCCAUAAACACUUCCUGUAAAAAGAUCCCUAGUUAGGCUUUCUUUAUUGCAAGUUCUGUUUAAAAUUUUCUUAUCCCCUGCUGUGUUAAUAGCUUGCUAGACCCUGUAAAAGCCUCCUGUAUGUGAUUAAAGUUCAAUUUAGAGAUUGAGAUACAAUUAUUUAAGGUAAAUUACAUCUGUUUGAAAGUGAAACCAGUUUUUUUUUUUUCAUGCAGGCUCUGUCAAUCAUAGCCAGGGGAGGUGUGGCUAGGGCUGCAUAAACAGAAACAAAGUGAUUUAACUCCUAAAUGACAGUGUAUAGAUCAUUCCCCUGCAAUUUCACUGCUCAAUUCACUAAAACUGCUUUAUUUAGCUAAAGUAAUUUAGGUGACUAUAGUGUUCCUUUAAAGCUGCAACAUUAGCAUAUGUAAAAUGUUUACAUUUUCUUAAUACUAAAAAUUUAUCAAGCAGAUACCAAAACUGUGCCCUCAAGCUUAUGUUACUCCAUUAUUUUUAUUACAAUAUUUCUUUCACAAUAUUUCUUUCAUUAUGUGGGCAGCUAGCAUUGUCAGGUUUACCAUGUUUUCUUGAACACAUACCACUUAUACAUGUUUACAGGUAGCACUUAACAAGUAGUGUCUUAAACAAUGUUGAAUUCAUAUGCUACAUGAUUCCUCAGUGAUUAGUGCAAUCUUCCUCCAGAAGCGUUUUAUUUCUACACACUACAGCAGAACAAUUUCCUUUAUAAUGUAUAAUCUGUGUGUCUAGGAAAACAUGAUGGAGCUGGGAACCUUUGUAGCAAUAAAAAUGAUUUUAGAGGUAUGUUAAUACGUUGGAACAAAACAGGGUUUGGUGUACAUUUGCUAAUGAUGAACAUGGCCUAUGUCUUGGAGUUGCAAACAUUUUUGUACUUUAAAGGAGCACCCUGAACACCAUAACACUACAGACCAUUGCCGCUAUUAUGCUACAAGUUUGUGUGUCCGAUCUCUUGGAUAUUGUCAAACUGCUCAAUGAUCUCUUAUGGAGUAGAUACAAAAGGGGUGCAGUUAUUUAUUAUGUUUUGUGGUGGUUUUCCUAAUCAAUGCACUUUUUUUUUCUUUUUUUUUGCCUAUUUAAUUUCUCACUGAGUGGUGGGGGCACCUUCAGGGCACUAUAGUGCCAGGAAAACAAGUGUUUUCCUGGCACUAUAGUGGUCCUUUAAGGAUAGCUCUCAAUAAAAUGCCAUUCAUAGUAUUGGUGCACAAUAGCCCGCAUGCUGAUAAGACUAUGCGGGGCCAAGGUUUUAAAAAAUUUUUUACCCUCCUAACAAUUUGCACUUUAUUUCAGGGAGCUGUCAAUAUAUCACAUUUUGACAUGGCUGUUUUGUCUAUAAGGCAGCAGCUUUUUAAAAAAUAUAUUUAUUGCAGAAAUUGUAAUUUAUGUUUUUCUGUAUUACAGACCAGUGUUAUGUUGUUUUGCUGGCUUUUUAAAAUCACACUAGCAAAACACUUCUAGCUUAAUGUAAUGCACACAUUUCUAAACACUGUUUUUAUACCAUUUUAUGUGCUCAUUGUGUAUCAUCUUGUUGAAAUUACCAAUAAAACCUGCUAACUCGUUAACUUUAUGUACAUGUCAGUGUAUUAGGCAUUCACACUAGCAGUUAACUAUGGAAGUUAUGAAUAAAAAGAAAUUUGGGCAUUAAAUGUUAUUAGGGAUUCAAUUUCCAAAGAAACCAAUGCACUGUUAUUGCUGUUUUAGAGCUUUUCUCCAAAAUUACUCUUUAUGCAUGAAAUUGUUACUUCAUGUUCAACAGAAUAUAGAUAUUUGAACUGUAAAGUCUUCAUUAUUAAUGCUUCUAGAUAAGGACAGGAAGAGCUCCAGCUAUCGUCAAUCCAAAACCGUAUAAAUCUGUCCCUGUACCUCGAAAUAUCUAGGUACUGGUAUAGUUUAAAGGAACACUAAGGUGAUAGAGAGAGAAAAUAUAUAUAUAUAUAUAUAUAAUAUAUAUAUAUAAUAUAUAUAUAUAUAUAUAUUUUCUUUAUUUGUGGUUUUAGAUUAAAUCUUGAGAAGCAUCAGGUACCUGCGGCACAUGUGUAGCAAUUGUUGUGCUUAAGUCACCCAGCUCAAUGAAGUGGUCUGGGUGCCAGGUCCCCCAGGUUUUAACCCUUCAGAUGCAAACAGCAGUUUCAGAGAAACUAUGUUUACAUUGCAGGGUUAAUCCAACCUCUAGUGCAGGGGUAGGCAAACUUUGGCACUCCAGAUGUUGUGGACUACAUCCCCCAUAAUGCUCUUACACCCAUAGUGCUGGCAAAGCAUCAUGUUUGGUGUAGUCCAAAACAUCUGGAGUGCGGAAGGUUGCCUAUGCCUGCUCUAGUGGCUGUCUUCCUGACGGCUGCUAGAGGCGUUUCCUUGAUGCUGGAUGUGAAAUUCGCCUGCAGAACGUCCAAAGGAAAGCAUUGAGAAAUGCUUUCCUAUGGACGGUUUGAAUGCGCGCGCAGCUCUGGCCCUGCUUGCACAUUACGCUCCACUCGGGAGCUGGCAGGGGAGGAGAGGUCACCGGCGCUGGAUUAAGGGAAGUAGCUGAAGGGGUUUUAACCCUAAGGGUGGGGAGGUCCUAAGGAUGCUAUAGUGCCAGGAAUAAGUUUGUUUUCCUGACACUAUAGUGAUCUUUUAAUGAAUCAAAUAGAGGCAGUCUCCAAUUUUCACUUCUUUGUGGUUUUUUUUUUUUGUUUUUUGUUUUUGUUUUUUUUUUUUAAUAGAAAAUUUUACUUUGUCUGGCUGAGCUGUUACUUUGUAGUAUUAUAUGCCCAGCCCAACUGCAACCUAACUUGUCUGCUAUUGGGAUUGCACUUUGUGAACCUGCUCAGCUAAAAUAUAGCACGAUGACCAAUUUAGUGAUUUGAGGUGAUUGGAUGCAUUUUAGGCUCUGCAUGCAGACACUGAACUUUCCUCAUAGAGAUUCAUCUCUAUGAGGAGAUGCUGAUUGGCCAGGGCUGUGUUUGAAUCAUGCUGGCUCUGCCCCUGAUCUGCCUCUUUGUCAGUCUCAGCCAAUCCUAUGGGGAAGCAUUGUGAUUGGAUCAGGCUACCACUUCUGCUGAUGUAAGCAGGCAGUGGGCAGGUCUGAAGUAAACAGGGACAAAAUAAGCAGCUGCAGACUUGAAUACAAGUAAGAUUUUACUAUAUUUAGGGAGGCAUGGGGGGGCUAGAUGGUGGUUUUAUUUAAGACAUGUUUGUGUUCCUGACCCUAUAGUGCUCCUUUAAAAACGAUCUGAUCAGAUUUUUAUAAAUUAAUUUUUAGUCAGUUUGUAUCCAUCCUUGUUUUACUCAAAAUUGUAAUGACAUCCAUGCUUGGUCCCUUUUUGAAAAGGGAAAGGACAUGCUCAUUCUCACAUAAAGCCAGCGUGAAUAAUGUUUUCACAACUAUGGUGUUUGACAGUCUUCUUUUUCUUCUGACACGGUCUUGUCUCCUCCUUAGCUUCUUCUGCUCCUUUACUGCUUCUUUUGCACCCUUCAGCUCCUUUCUCUUUCUGAUCACUUUCUGCUCCUUCUCUUACUUUACCUUUGUGCAGCUUCUGAUUCUUUUUGCUUUUACCUUUCUGCUCCCUCUUGCAGACCCUUUCUGGACAUUUCUGCUUUCUCUUACUUUACCUUUCUUCUGCUCUUUGCAGACAAUCCAUCACUUAGGGGGAUCCCCAUACAGAUCAGCUAUCUCAUGGGGGGGGGGAGGGGGGAUGCAUCCUUACCAGAUUACUUACUGUCCAAAGCAACAUAUAUUACGCAUCUCAUCCAACAGAAGUCCCACAAGUGUAGCAGUAAGAAAUGGAGUACAUUUUUAAAUACCGUAUUUUUCGCUCCAUAAGACGCACUUUUUUCCCCCUCAAAAGUGAGGGGAAAUGUCUGUGCGUCUUAUGGAGCGAAUGUGAAGAUUUACUUACCUGUCUUGGGAGCGUGGGCCGGCUUCACAGCGCGCUCCGCGGUCCAGGAACUUCUAUUUCAGGUUCCGGUUUCCGGCGGGACUGAAAGGAAGUGCACACUCAGUGUGCACACUUCCUUUCAGUCCCGCCGGAAACCGGAACCUGAAAUAGAAGUUCCUGGACCGCGGAGCGCGCUGUGAAGCCGGCCCACGCUCCAAGACAGGUAAGUAAUUAUGGGACAAUGGGAGGGGAGACACUAUGGGUUAAGGGGAGGGGGACACUAUGGGAGAAGGGGAGGGGGACACACUAUGGGAGAAGGGGAGGGGGAGACACUAUGGGAGAAGGGGAGGGGGACACUAUGGGAGAAGGGGGGGGACACCAUGGGAGAAGGGAGGGACACUGGGGAAGGAGGGGGGGACACCAUGGGAGGUGUAACUGGGGAGAAGGAGGGGGGACACCAUGGGGGGAGGGGUGGGGGGACACAUGGGAGAAGGGAGGGGGGGACACCAUGGGAGAAGGGAGGGGGGACACCAUGGGGAGAAGGGAGGGGGGACACCAUGGGAGAAGGAGGGGGGACACUAUGGGAGAAGGGAGGGGACACUAUGGGAGAAGGGAGGGGGAGACACUAUGGGAGAAGGGGAGGGGGAGACACUAUGGGAGAAGGGGAGGGGGACACUAUGGGAGAAGGGGAGGGGGACACUAUGGGAGAAGGGGAGGGGGAGACACUAUGGGAGAAGGGGAGGGGGAACACUAUGGGAGAAGGGGAGGGGGGGACACUAUGGGAGAAGGGGAGGGGGGACACUAUGGGAGAAGGGGAGGGGGACACUAUGGGAGAAGGGGAGGGGGGGACACUAUGGGAUCAGAACACUAAUGGACAAGGGUAGGAGGGGUUAAAGAACACUAUGGGACAGAGGAAAGGGGGGUUAAAGAUCAUUAUGGGACAGAGGAGAAAAAAAAAUAUUCUGAACAAACUGUCCCAUAGUAAGAAACACUAUGGAACAGUUUGUUCAGAAUAUUUUUUUUUUCUGGGUUUCCUCCUCUAAAAACUAGGUGCGUCUUAUGGUGAGGUGCGUCUUAUGGAGCGAAAAAUACGGUAGUCUGAUUUUCCUUUUCCUGUUAGUUUGAAAGUGCACACUGGUUAAGAUUCAGAUUUAACUUUAUCAUCACUGUAUAAUGUACAUACAAGGACAAUGAAAUAGUUGGCCUCUGAUCAGAAAUGCAGCAGACAAAAAAAUAAAAUGGUAUACUUGAACGUUGCACACUCCCUUACCCCCUCCAAAAAAUUUUUUCAAUCAAAUCUUGGUUGACAUGUUCUGUUCAAAUUAUGUUACUUUUGUUGUCAAUGCCAUGUCAUCCUCCUCUGGGUCAGUGUUUAAAUUCUUCUCAUUCAGAAGCAAAUAUGGGCAUAGCGAGCUCCACUAAUGUUGCAAUAUGAGCCCAGUAGGGGAAGGAUGAAAUGGGGAAUGCCAAAAGGGGUCAGGGAGGGAAAGGAGCAUGAAAAGUACAUGUAAAGUAAUAUAAUGUAGGAAGGCAGAAGUGGUGUAAGAUAUGGCUAGUAUUGCAUAGGAAGAUGAAUUGCAAGAACUGAUUAUGUCCUUUGCCAGCACAUAGACUGUGCUAAUGACAUCUGUAAUUUUUGCCAAGAGCUAACAUUUGGCAGUCCAGAGUUCUGGCCUGCCCAAGUCACUUGUACUGGGAUUGUAACUAGUUCCUGGCACAGAAGUGCGGAAAUCACUGUAUGUGCAGUGUUUCAAGCUAAAAUUCUGCAUGUAACAGAUUACUUCCUCCAUGAUCACUUCUAAAAGCAGACGUGGUCAUGGAGGUUAGAGUAACCCUUUCAGUAUGCUUUAUAGUAAAUAACUAAAGUAGUGCCAAAUUAGGAACAAAUGCAAUUUCUCUUAUUUUGGAUGGUGAGUUGGUAUUUGGGUCAGAAGAGAGGUUCUGAGACAUUCACAAUGUGUAAGGUAAACAUGUUUUCACAUGACUUGUAUCCAUCAUUUGCCUAUUAUCGUAGUCCUCUUGAAUGUGCUGUAUAACUAAAAAUGGCUGUACAUUUUGUUAGGUUUUCUAAUUGAGUGGAUGCAGUUGGAGCUUCCUUCUAAGAGUUUAAUCCUCCUCCCCCUCCCCCUCCCCACCCCCCCAUCCUUCCUGACAAAUGCAAAAUAAACUCUCCGGAGCAGUAUCCUCACAUUUUUGUGGUUAGUCUAGAACUUUUUUUUUUUUUUUUCUCACAAUUUGUGAUGUCAAUGAACUGGCAUGAUUAUAUGUUCUAGAAGAGCAUUGUUCUGUUUUACAGAAUUUAGUGUUAUUAGUGUUGACAAAUUCCUUCAUUGUUCUAAAAUUGUAACAUUAUGUGCAAAUGAGAUUGAUUAUAUAUCUUUUUUUUUCAUGUUUAGUUUCUGGAGGAAGAUCCCUGGUGGAGACUGACAUUCUCUGAGCCCCUGCCAACACUUGUUAGAAGAAAUGCAUUUUCUGAGAGCUAUCUUAAAUGGGGCAGCGAAUCCGCAAAAUCUCGAGUUGUUGCAUCCUGCUCCUCUUCGCUGCAGGGGGACUCUAGAAAGUCUGAGGAAAACAGCAGCUGCACUCAAUGUUUUCUAGACUCCCCAGCAAACUGUCUCUUUCCAAGUAGUUCUCCUAAUGCUGCCUCUGAGGUAAAAACUGCAAAAAUGCCAAGCAGCAGCCAUAACAAGAAAUUAGAAACGGAAAGGCUGGCUUCCUUAAAAAGGACGCUGGAGGAAUCAAACAGUGGCCCUGCUCUGAAGAAACAUAAGAGAAACUUAACCAGGAGUGGGAUGUUGCAGCCUGAGAGCUCUUCUGUCACCCCAAAACGCAGGAAUGCAGGCAGGGUCAUUAUGCGACGCAGCCUCAGAGGCCAGAAGAAGCUUGGACAUCCUUUGUUACAGCAGCAUAGAAAAACAAUAUGUGUCUGCUAAGCUGAAGUCGGUGAUAUAUCAAUUCUUAAACUGGUCCAACUGACUGAAUUUAAAUUUUUUUAUUUCUUUCAGAUUAAUUUGUCAUGUCGUUUUUUUUUUGUUUUUUUUAUAUAUUUUUAACAGCACUUCCUUUACAGGUUGAGAUCUGUAACUCUUCUUUGUACAUAUUGCAAAAUACCAUUCUCCACCCUACAUGUAGAUAAGUAUUUUUUUGGUUUUUUUCCCCCCUCUUUUCUUUAAAAGAAUCUAGGUGUUGAUAGGAUCAUUAUCUAUUUAUAAUCCUAUCAAGCUGUACAUAGUGUUUUAGUUUUUAGAAGGCAUUGCAAAAUCCCAUUAGCUGUUGGAUAACUGUUUGGCCACUGAUCAUUCCAUUUUCAGUGCCAUAAGUAACCGCUUUUUAAAAAAAAUUAAAAAAAUUAGUUCUAUUAAAGUCUAAAAAAAUCCCAGGGCUAAAUAUUUUAUAAAUGACUUAUGAAGUGUUCAACGGUUAAUCGUAGAGCCCUCUUUAAACUCUGCCCAAUGAAAUCCCAUUCACCCUAUUAACACAUUUUUUUCACAGUUGAAGGAACACUGUGAAGCAAAUGAAAUGUAUGUGUGUGAUUUUUAUAAAUAAAAAUAUCUAACUCACACACCUAAUGACCAAAUCAUUUUAAUAUCACUUUUCUGAGAGCAAAAAGGUAGAAUUAUGACAUACUAUGAAUUUACAAAGAGGUGAUGUGAGAGGUUACAGCAUAUGGAUAGAAUCAAAUAAAUCCAGGUAAUUUUUGUUCCAUUGUAAAACAUCAUAUUGCCUGUACUGUUUGUGACAUAGCCCACAGUGAUAUAAGCCUGCCUUUGUCAUAAGAAUAUUGAUCCAGUUAUGUAAGAUUGCACAAAAAUGGCAAGAUCAAAACAAAUUAACACUUCAUUGGUUUCUUAAAGCCCUAACAAACCAAAUUUAAGAAAAAACCUGCUAGAUUACAAAAGGGCAUAUUUUACAAUAUUCAUAAACUAACACUUUGAAUUUUGUAACUGUAAACUUUUACACCAACUUGCUAUAGAACAGAACCUAUAUUUUCAUAAAUCCGUAUAAAAACUGAAUACAUAUUGUUACAUUUAAAACUUUUCAGUAUAAACAUCCAUUAAUUAUACAAGGGAUGAAAUUAGUAUUUUUGACUUUUAUACUUCAAAUUCUCCUGGGUUUCACUUCUGUAUCAGUAUACAGCAAUAUAAUUCCUGUGUUUGUUUAUCCUCACCCUCAGUGUAACGUUCGGGGCAUGUGGGGGGUUAAAAAGCAACACCAAACUGUACUCUUAUAGCAAGGUUGAUCUCUACUACGAAAGCCAUGUUACCAGCAUUUUUUGUUAGCCAAUUAACACUUUGCUGGCUGUUCUUGCAGUGCUUGUGAAAUGCAUAUAUAUGCUGUGAAAUCCUCAACCAAAAUUGAAGUUAUUUUAUCAUGAUGGGGAGGGGAGAAGAGGAAUACAGAUUGUAAAACCAUACAAUGUGUUCAACUAAAUAAAAUCACUGAACCAUUUUAAAUCUCAUUUAUUACAAAACUGAAAUGCAACCCUGGUUUAUUUACACUUGAGUCAACUGUAUAAGAGCCAUUCCACAGAAUGGGUGCUAUUUUUGUCCCCACAACAUUAUAGGUACAAAUAUAGAUGAAAAUCAAGUCUAAAAUACUGAACUAAAGUGUCCUGCACAGUUACUUCAAAUCUGAGUGUGUAUAUUUAUAGAGAGAAAGAAGGACCUGCCUAAAAUGGCAUACAUUGAUGUUGUG